AAAAUCUAUAGAACAUGAAACUACUUUUUUCAAAUCCAGGAUCGAUAGUUGCUGUUUCCAGAAUUUUUUAUUCCAGAGUUUUUAGAGAUUUAGUUCCGGGGUAUGACGAAUGAAGUUAUGGAGUCAAACCAAGAGAAAGGGUUUGGCGGGUGUGAGGGCCCGGAUGCUAUGAUACCUUCGCAUGUUCUGCAGAAGGUUUGCAUGUACUUCACGUAUAAGGUUCGGUAUACCAACAGUUCUACUGAGAUCCCAGAGUUUCCAAUUCCUCCCGAGAUUGCUCUUGAACUACUCAUGGCGGCAAACUUCCUAGACUGCUGAACUAAUAAAACUUUAUUUUUUAUGUAAUGGGGCUUAAGACGUCGAAAAAUACACGCGUCUUAAAAUCCAUCAGCAGUCCCUGUAAACUUAAAAAAGCGUUUAUCUAAACACGUGAGAUCAAUCGACUAUGUUUAACAUUGUCAAUAACUUUACUUUAUAUAUGUAUAUCGGACAAUGGGCUAAUUGUUGUGGGUAUAAAGGUCCAGUUAGAGUAGGUGUGGGACGGUGCUUCCCAUGCCUGCCGGCGGUCUGGGGGGUUCAUAGCGGGACCUCUUUUUCAGAUUUCAUUUCUAAUAGUUCUAAUAUACCCUCUAAAACUAAUCCAUAAUAAUUUAGUAAAGGUUAUCUCAAUAAAAAUGGGAUUAUUUGACGACUUCUUUAUCGUCUUUGUUCCGAACGGCAUUAAUACGUGAGCACAAUUUAGUAGUAUCCCAAUUUAACAUGAAAAACUGCUAGUCUCAUAAUGUGGUCUACCAUUUUGCAUCAUAACGGGGGCAUCGUGCAAAUAUCUGAUAUCUCAGUCAAAUUUGAAGAUGUACAGAAGGCAGACCACAUUUUGAAAAGUUUUGAUAAAACACUGUUUGUUGUUUACAAACUAUCGGAAACCGAAGACAAUUUUCAAGUCGUAUCUUAAUUUCAACGGUUAUUGGGACACUCUUUAUCAUAGUAGAUGUCAACUAAAAAUAUUCAUUAUUUUAACAUAAAAAUGUCCUUUCUGAAAGCUUAAUUUUCGACAGAAAAUAAAUUCUGACCUUGCAUAAUAGCUCAGAGGGUUUCUCAUAGUUUUGUUCAACAUUUUGCUCACUAGUCCCAAACCUAAUAUUUCUAGUCAGCUGUUAACUGUUUAAUACAGCAAUAUACAAUAAAUAUAUUUAUAACUC